AUGGAAGAUCAGGAGACCACAUCACCAUGCCGUGGUAAAUCUCUUGGUAGAUCCCUAAGUCUAGUAACAGAUCUCGCGCCGCCCUCUCAACAACCUUGUCCCACUCAGCAUUCUCAGAAUCCUCAAAAUCUCAACUCUGCAUAUCCAGUCUCAGCCCCCCCUUUAGCACACCAUAACCAGAUCAAUCCACUAUCCGCUCUCCCUCUAACUCAAAACCAUCCCUUUGCAAUCCCUCAACCACAACCAUACCAAGCUCAACUCUUCAACCCAGAACAUCAUUAUCUUCUCCUAUCACUCUCUCGAGAAAACUUCAAAGCACUUUCCCUACGACAGAAAAUUGCAGCGGCAGAAACUAGUCUCGCUUCCAUACACCUAGCUGCGGAAUUGGAGGGUACGGGGAUAGGUAUCACAUCUCCUCUCUCCUCCAUCUCUACACCCACGACACCACACUCGGCGCCCACUCGUCGCAAACUGAAGAAACAAAUCUCGUGGCUGAAAUGUCGGAUUAAGGAGUGUACGAGACAGGAGAGGAUUUUGAUGGAAAGGUUGCAGCAGAUUGGGGAAGAGGAGGAGAGGAGAUGGAGAUGGAUGCAGAUUGAACAGCAGAGAAGGAUUAAUGAGGAGAUGAUGGAGUGGCAGAGGGGGUAUUGGAAUUGUUUUGUUAGGGCGGGUGGUGCUAUUGGCCAGGGUGGCUGUGCAUAUAGUGGUGGUGGAUAUGGACAUGGGGGAAUGUUGAAUGCGAGCACUCCUGCGUUUCAACCCGUUGGCGGCGUCAGUUUUGGUGGCGCUUGUUCUGGAGAUUCGAAGGCGAGUGUAGGGGGAAGAAAAUAUUCAAAUGAGUUUUGGAAUACGGACGCGCCUGUCUUUUCACCAGUUAAUUUCUUUAAACCUUCUUCUUCUUCUAUCUCUGUUUCUACUUCUACGGCUCCUUCUGGUUUACCGCAGAAAGUGCAGAAUGGAGAAGUUGAGAGACUUAGUAGGGGGUGGGAUGAAUGUGAAUUAUCGCCAUUAGCUGAAGAGAGAAGAGGAUCUUCUCUGAGAUGGAGCAUGGAGAUUAGGGGUGGGGAUAAGGAGGGGAAUGAGAUGGAAAUGGGCGAAGAAGGAGAGGGUUCUGGGUCUGGGUCUGGGUCUGGGGAGGGAGAAGCGGGAGAUUCUUCGACUGAAACGGCGAUUACGACGCCGACUCCGCAGCAGAGCGCGAGGAUGUCGCCGAUGGGAGGCGCGAAGAGUUGUAAUGAUGUGAUGUUGGCGUUUUUUGAUGGGGCGGGUGAGGAGGGGGUGGAUGGGGAGGGAAAGCGAGGGUUGUGUGGGAAAGAAGGGGGGAAGAGGGAGAAGAAAAGUAAAAGUUUGCCGGGUCUGCAGAGGCAGCGGUGGGAGGGGGUUUGUGGGGGUAAGGGGAAGUUGUAUGGGAAGGAAGUUUUGAAGGAGAGGAAUGAGAUUGAUCAGGUUUGGUAG